GGGACUUGCUGUCCGGUGUUUUAGCCAGAUAGCAGCUAAGCUGUGCUGUGCCAGCAGCGGCUAGAAAGAUGCACACAGCUAGUGCUGUGUACAAUAUAAAGGUGCCUGAAAGCUAAUAUAUGUUUAAUUCACUGCUGUUUCUGGACGAUACGGACGCUAGCAGAAAUGGCCGGAAUUAUUAAAAAGCAAAUUUUGAAACAUUUGACAAGGUUCACCAAGAAUCUGUCCCCGGACAAGAUUAAUCUAAGUACGUUGAAGGGGGAGGGGCAGCUGUCCAACCUUGAGCUUGAUGAAGAGGUUCUGCAGAACAUGCUUGACUUGCCUACCUGGCUGGCUGUCACUCGGGUCUACUGCAACAAAGCCGCCAUCAGGAUACAAUGGACAAAGUUGAAAACAAGCCCCAUCUGUCUGUUCUUGGAUAAGGUAGAGGUAGAAAUGAGGACAUGUGAGGAGCCACGUCCCCCAAAUGGACCCUCUCCUAUAGCUAUUACAGCAGGCCAGAGCGAGUACGGCUUCGCAGAGAAAGUGGUGGAGGGCAUGUCUGUUAGGAUCAACUCCAUUACCAUCAAGGUGCAGGCUCGUGCCUUCCACGCCUCCUUCGAGCUCUGGCAAUUACAAGGCAACAGCCUCAACCCCAAAUGGCAGAGCAGUGACCUCCGCUACACACGCGUCACCGACCCAAAGAGAGGAGAGGUGUUGACAUUCAAAGAAAUAAACUGGCAGAGUCUACGAAUCGAGGCCGAUGCCAUUGAGAGUGACGACCAGGAUCUUGGAAGCACCCCACUGCGUCUCAUCACCAACCAGGGACGCAUUCGCAUCGCUCUGAAACGCAGAAUAAAGGACUGUAAUGUGCUGGCAUCCAAACUGCUUUUCAUUCUGGACGACCUGCUGUGGGUGCUGACGGACUCUCAGCUCAAAGCCAUCAUCCAUUACGCCAAAUCUCUCAGCGAGGCCAUGGAGAAGUCUGCCCAGCAGAGGAAGAGCAGGACUGCAGAAUCCCUACAGACUGCUCCUCCAUCGCCUGGCCUCCACAACCUUUGGACAGAGCCCCCACCCGCCCCUACUGGCACCCCCAGCAACACAAGUCAAUACUUUGAUCUCUAUGAUGUCAAGGAGUCUUCUUACCACACCUUCAUAUCCCGCUUGGAUUUACACAUAUGCAACGACAGUUCUUCAGCGGAUGAUGAUGAAGCUCCACCUCCGGGCUUGCAAGGUGCCAUGCAGCUGACAUUCAGGAAGCUGGGUUUUGACUACUAUCCUGUCCACAGACCUGCGGAUGGAUGUCAGCACUGGGAACGCCACAGUGGAGCCAUGGAGGCUCAGGCCCAGUGGGCUGGGAAACUGCUGCAGGAGUACCAGAGGAGAGCACAGGCUUCUGGGUUCCCUGGGCCACACCCUGAGGCGCCCCAGCCAACAAAGGACUCCUCAGCAAAGACAGUUCAAGAUGGACUGUCCAGUCCCAAGUCAAGUCACUCUCACACAGAGCAGGCCUCAGGCAGGAACUGUGCCACAGCUCCUUCAGGGUCAUCACUGAAGAGGCUGCGCUCCAGCUGCGUGGUGGUCAGGAUGGAUGACGUGGACAUUCACCAGGUGUCUACAAGAGGCCGUCAAAACAAGAAAACACGGUCUUUUUUGUCCUGCAACCGUAAAGCUCUGCAUUUGCCUGACAACGUACCAGCAGUUCAUCUGCAGUUCACUGAAUACUACUUUCCUGACAACACCAGCUUUUCAGGUAUCUUACGCUUGCAUGUAUUUAACCAUAUUAGUUUUUUUGCUCUCAAGUUUAGAUUUUGUAUGAGCGAUGUAUGUCUGCGUCUUCCAGUGCCCACCUCGAACCUGUAUGCACAGCUGAAUGGCCUCCAGCUCUGUGUAGACUCAGCUAGCGUGCUGUGGAUCAAUCUGUUUUCUCGGGGUCUGCUGCACACCCUGGAUCAGGUCAAAGCUUUCUACCAUUUGCAAGACAGCAGCAGGGCUGAAGAGCAUGUAGAUAUCCGCAUGGAUGCAGCUCAGCUCAAGUUAAUAAUCCCCUUGGAUUCUUCCAUAUUGGACCAUCCGGAGCGUCCACAGUCCCUCUCUGUUACUGUACCCAAGAUGGUUCUCAGCAACACCCGCCUCUGCCCUCAUGGCUCCAGAGCUGACCUCAACAGCACCUUUGACAAGUUUGCCAGCUGCCCUUUCUUCAAGCACACACCUCCCUGCCCCUACCCCAGAGACCACAGUGCCUUCCACCCGAUCCCCUCCACCUUCCUCCAGCACUCUCAAGAGACGGAGCCCCAACCUCUGGACAGAAAGCAGCUGCGAUCCCAAGAUGUCUGGUCUCUCAGUCUGUCCCGUGUGACCCUAGGUUUCGAUGGCGCUCGGCGCUUCCCCAAAGGCAGAACCCAACCUUUUGUUGAGCCCUUCACCGUGUCUGUGUGGAUGUGUCAGCCCUGCGCCUUUAAAAAUGGAUUAUCGUCUUCCUCCUCCAGUCCCAGCCUAGCCCACCAGCCUUCUUCAGAGCAGGAAGAGGCUUCGUUUGCCUCAAUCCACUUCUUGGUCCACACCAUCACUCCAGUGAAGAUGUGGCUCAACCACUACCAGUAUGUUGCGCUGCUGAGGAUGAAGGACGCCAUGGCUCGUUUGGGGGCGGAGUUGGGCCGCGAUCUACGAGAUGUUAAGCAGGCUCAAGGCAAGAAGACAAAUCCUGCUACAAUUUGUCUUGCCCUUCUAGUGGACUCUGCAGAAUUGGGUCUCCUGUUGCCACCAGUGUACACAGAAACUGGGGAAGAAGUCCCCCACACCCCAGAGACCGACAGCCCCAGCAUAACAGACUCUGACAUCUCCCCCACUCAUCACUCUGCAGUGCUGGAGGACAGUGGGUUAGAAAACGGUGUGUCCUCCCUCAAUACUGUCUCUGCGUUUGAUCAGGAUGAACAAGAUGGAGUGGUGGAGGAGGCGUGUGAGGCUGUAGAGGAGGGGGAUGGUUUGACAACACGGGAAGAGAUCCAUGUCCUCUCACCUCCAAUCUCCCCCAUGCUCUCCCGUGAAUCGUCCAACUUUAGCCUGGAGGGAGAGCUGUCAACCGCCAUCAACGUCACAAAGGAUGUGACCAAAGAUGCAUUUAGUGCCUCGCUGGACCUGACCAAGGGGGCUUUUUCAAUCACAAAGGACGCCUUCAGCAUGCUGAGUCGUGGCUCGGGGAUGAGUAAAUUGUUCAGUCCGCAGGCAAAGGAGCAGGUCCAGCCUUCAGAUGAGUCCUCCCCCUCCCUGGCUGCCAGCCUGCGCCACCAAUCCAUGAAGCAGUCGCCUUCCCAGCAUUCCUUUGAUAGUGCUGUCUUGGACGGCAGCCUGCCUGACGAAAAUCUCUCUGUGGACAGUGAUGUCAGCGACAAUUUUGUUGUUCUCAUGGACUCAGAGUCUGUUAUGGAGUCCAUGCGUCCCAACAACACAGGCAGUCGAGGCAGCCCAGCCCCAGGCACAGAGGGAGGAUCCUCAGCGGACCUCAGCAGCUCUCUGUCCCAAGGUUUUGAGGACGUGUCUCAGGAUAUGUCCUCAGUGUUGAUGCUGGUCCUGAGUGGAACAGCCUGUACUCUGGAAGUAAAGGGAGAAGACCAAGUUGUGGCUUUAGAAGCCCAGAACCUGAGCCCCGUGCAGAUGGGCAAUAUCAGGGUAUCUGACCUGCUGGCUGGCCUUGUGCAAGCCCCAGGCGGACCAGCCCAGAAGCAGGAUAGGCAGGGUACCAGGGGCUCUCCAGUAGUGUGCAUGCGAGCAGAAAUGGGUCCAUCUGCAGGCCGACACUCUGCUCAGGCCGAGUCUUUGGGCUUCCUGGAAAUGAGAGUGCAAGACUGCAAGGCAGAGCUGUUGGCCUCGACAGUGGCGAACAUUGGUCCUUUUCUGGAAGACGAGUUCAGUGUUGAUGGUCAACCAAUGAAGUUACACAUGAGCAACAUCACCAUCACUAUGAAGGAUGAUAGCCCGAAGAUCUACCCUACAGCCCCUCAACCUGUCCCAGCCUCAUUCAUAGUAGAGCAGCUGCUGCUCGAGCGCAGUGAGGAUGGCAUCAUGAGGCUCAAAGCUGAAGGAACGGAGCCUAAAGCCUCAGCAGGUGUUCCUGUGGCUGGCCCGGACAACCCAAACCAUUCCUGCUCUCUUCAACAGCAGAGCGAGAGACAAACCCUGGAGUCCCAGCUCUCCGAUGCCCGGGCUGCUCUCACCCAGGCCCUCAGUGAAAGAGAAUGCCUCCUUCUGGAAGUCAUGAAGCAUGACCCCACGUUUACUCUCUGAGCCUCUCUGUCUUCCACCACUGAACCUACUGCCUCACUGCUCCUGCUUGAGGAACAGCGAGGGGAUGCAUCAGGCUGAAAGUCAGGAACCAGCAAGACUCAAUAAAAGCAUGUUUGGACAUUGGACAUGUUUGGAAAAAAGAAGAUAAACACAAGUUGUGGCUCUGCACUAUAAUACUGUUCAAUAGAUACAGGAAGAGCCCCUAUAACAAGUACUAAAAUGAGACGCUAGUGAACUUACUUACAGGUACGUUAAUGGUACUACUUUUUAAUCUGGUAGUCUAGAUAUUCCUCACUGCUGUACUUAUUUCUCAUCCAAAAUCGGCGUGGACAGUAAACUCAUUGUGUGGUUUCAGUGUUUGUCACACAGCAUGCAAGGGUAAAUAUCAAGUUUUAAUGUUCUUGUGUUCUGGAAAUGUUGAGUUGAGCACAUGCCAAAACCUCCUCUUCACAUGCACUGACACUGCCAGACAGCUGCUGGUCCACGAGUCGCUCCCUCUACAAAACACAAAUUAAUGUCCAGCAUGCUUUGUGACUCGUACUAAUGUACACGUAGCACAUUUACAGAUACACUCUCACACCGUUAUAUACACUUAGUAAUGUAGAAUACUUCCUUUUAGGUGUGUGUUCCUUUUCAUUUAGAAGUAUUAUGACAAUAUUAUCAGCUGUUACUUGUUGAAAAUGUGUUGAUGAGUUGGGGAAAACGUGCACUACUUCUUUUUUUUUUUUUUUUUUUUUUUUAAAGAAGCAAAACUUCACUACUUUCACUGAGACGGAUGCUUCUCUUUCCACCUUGCUUGCUUUAGCACCACCAGGGUGGAAUGGUUUCACACUCGUAUCAAGUUCUCAAGAAGCAGGUUGAACCAAUCCCCAGUGUUAUUUGUCUUUGAGUCGUGAGACGUUCGUCGUGCUUCUUUUGUACUGUGACACAAUGUGCGCUGUGGCCGAAUGUCCACUGAAGACGAGACGCCUUCUGAUCUCUCCCUCGGCUGCGGAGAGCAGGGUGCACAGUCGCUCCAGUACUGUAACUGUGUUAGUCUUUUCACUCAAACUCUUUUAAAGAGGUUAUGGAUUAUACCAACUACCAGAGUUAUAAUACUUGAUCUCCCUUAAAACUUGUUUUGUAAGCUUGCCAGGAAACAACUCAAGACUGCUCGUGUUAUUACCUCUGUGCACAUUUGUCAUGUAUCGUGGUCAUGCAUUUAUACGUAUAUUUAUUUAGAUUUGUCAAAGCGUGCUUUUUUUUUUGUUGCACCACAGUUACUUUACAGUGUAUUUGAAGCCAUAUCAAUCAAAUAACAUUUAACAAAAGGUACUUCUUGUGUGUGCGUAGUGUCAUGUGACUGAAUGAUUUGUUUAGAGACUGUUUAACAUUCAUUGUAUGAACGCUUUCAUGAAAAAGACCUGUCUGUUACAUUUUCUGCACAAAUGUUCUUUUGUUGUGGUUUAGCAUUUUGCCUGUGGGGGUUAUGGUUAUCUAUUUUAAUGGUUGGAAGUAUUACAGCCACCUUUCACCAUUCAUCAUUGUCCCACUGUGUGCUUGGGAGACCCCUGGUGGCUGAACUUGUCAGAGCAUUCUCCAUUCAAAAUGUAUCCUUUCUUCUUUCUUAACGUCGGUUGCCUUGCGAGCUAUGAAUGACAGAUGUGCAUUCUUCAAGAGGAAUGUAAAAUAUUUAAGCAAUAUUAAGACAACUUUGUUUUGACCAAAAACAUGACGAGGAACGGCAACGCUACACAUUUUUGUUGUGUAAUUAAUUUUCACGGUAAAUGUCAAAGAAAAUGAUUUACCUGUAAAACAGGUUUUAAUGUUUUCCCCUCCACUUUAUCCUGUCGGUGUAAGAAAGCAGACAUACUACCCUUUAACCUCAGUAUAACUUAUAGUUGUGAUAUUCUCAGCUUUUGAUGUUUUUGUUUUUGCAUGGUCUGAGUAGACAAAGAUACAGGUACAGAAUUGAACUUCCCAUGCUGGAGGCAACAUGUAGCUGUAAAGCUUAUCCAGUCUCCUCUGUCAGGCCUCAAUGUUAAGUAGCAUCCCCUUUCUGCUGACAAACUGGUGCUCUGAGUUCCAUCUGCUCAUAACCUGUGCUCAUAACCAUGCAAAGAGAUGAACAGAGUGAAGCUAAAGUCACUUUGACCUGACAAAUGUUGCCACUGAAAGCAGAUGCAUGUACUGGGGGCAAUGCUGCAUAGUUCAUGCCUUGUGAAUGACUUGCACUUGUGCGAUAAAUUCACUGGAUUUUGCACUUGUUUUGAUGUAAAUCGGUAUUUUUUGUCAGUUGUGUAGUUAUUUUGUAUUGUCUUGAUCACUUCAUUGAGACUAAUAUAAAAUUGGUUCUGUGAACCAAAGCUGAGUGAAAAAUAAAUGAUUAAUUGAACACA